AUGGAUAAAGAGUUUGUAUAUAAUCUUGAUAAUGGCAACUAUUAUGUGUUAGAUUUUAUUAACCAGAAGGUAUAGAAAACAAAUUCGAGAGGAAAAUUUCCUGAAAAUUUCGUGCCUUAUCAAAGUGGAAUUAGUAAUUCUUAACAACGACAAUUAAAGUUGAAAUAUCACAAGUCUGUCUCAUACACUCCACAUUAGAAUAAAUAUUUUGGCUAUUGUUAAUGUCCAAACCAAAAAAUCAAACACACAUCCUUGGCCAAAGUCCCUAUUUCUAAUAAUGUCUCUGACCGCAUCUAAGAUGUAAAACCAACUUUACCUGUGAAUUUGGUUAACUGCUUUAAUAAACCGAAAACUCCUAAAAUUUCAUUAACACAAAACAUUUAUCCUUCAAAAUAUAGAAUAACAGAAACUAAUUUUGAUGACAAUCUCAUUCCCCAUUUAAGUGGAACCAUUAAAGAUGCAUCAUAGGUUUAUAACUCCGGAUCCAUUGAAUCCAUGAAAUACAGAAAAGGAACCACAGUCCUCGAUAAAACCCUAAGGUUUCAAACCAAUGAGCCAGACUAUCUUAGAUUCACUUGCAGAUACCUAAACACCAAGAAAAUCAAGUCUCCGCCCUAUAAAGUGAUGCAAAGAUAUGAGAUCAUCAAUAAAAUUAAUUAAGACAAGGAUAGAAAAAUCGCAAAAUCGAUUGAUGAUAGUCUUAUUAAAAGAAUCCCUCCAGUUCCCUAUUUAUAGACUUUAUCUUCUAAUGUUCAAAAUACUUUUUAUCAGAAUGUUGAUGUGUCACUAUCUCAUUCAAUCGACUCUUAGAAGAUCAGAGCAUUCAUUUCAUUAAGAUGA